AACAGCAAACAUCCUACUCGAUACUCGAUAGCUCUCAGAUCCCCCGCCCCCACCCCUACCCUCACCAACGCGGAGGCGACCUCGCGAUGCCGCCGCCGCCGCCGCACCCAAACGGGGGCAAAGUGACGCCGAACCUGGCCAUGGACGCCGAGGGCACGCGCCUGCUUAACCUCACCGUCCUGCAGCGCCUCGACCCCGCCGUCGAAGACAUCCUCAUCACCGCCGCGCACGUCACGCUCUACGACUUCAACAUCGACCUCAACCAGUGGAGCCGAAAGGACGUGGAGGGAUCGCUCUUCGUGGUGAAGAGGAUUGUGUGUAGGAACUCACAGCCGAGGUUCCAGUUCAUCGUCAUGAACAGGCGCAAUACGAAUAAUCUCGUGGAGGAUUUGUUGAGUGAUUUUGAAUACGAACUCCAGCCUCCAUAUUUGUUGUAUCGGAAUGCCACACAGGAAGUAAAUGGCAUUUGGUUUUAUAACCAACAGGAGUGCGAAGCUGUUGCUAGUCUGUUUGGAAGGAUACUGAAUGCUUAUGCGAAAGUGCCCCCAAAGCCGAAAGUGCCAUCCAUAAAAAGUGAGUUUGAGGAAUUAGAGGCUGUUCCUACAUCCUCUGCCAUAGAUGGUCCCCUUGAACCUCCUCCAUCAUCUACCGCUGUAGUUUCUGAUGCCCCUGAUGAAUCGUUUGCCAGUUAUUUCAGUGUUGUUGCAAACGCUGGGAAUGUACCAACUGCACCAAUGACCGGAAGAGCUCACCCACCCGCUGAGUCCGUUGCAUCCUCCCACGUACCAAUGAUCAUUUCAUCUUCUGCUCUAACACAUCAAAUGAGUGCUUCAUCAGCUCCACCACUGCCCCUCCACACUAAUGCACAUGCUGGCCGCUCGACAGACCUUGUAACUCCGGCGUUCUUUGUGCCUCCGUCAUCCUCUUCCACAUCUUUGGUGCAACCGGCUUCAUCCUUGAUGCCUACAGCGCCACCUCUUCAUCCAACUUCCACAUCAAGCCAACGUCCACCAUAUGGUACCCCACUUCUUCAACCCUUUCCACCACCAACUCCUCCUGCAUCCCUUACUCCUGCUCACAAUGAUGGACCUAUUAUUUCGAGGGAUAAAGUUAAGGUUGCCCUCCAGAGACUUGUUCAGAGUGACGAGUUCAUCGAUUUAAUCUACCGGGAGUUGCUGAAUGCUAGCUAGUCCUUGUGAAUUAUUUGUUUGUGACAAACAUGAAAGGAGUGCUUCUGUUCUUUGUGAGUUUUGUAUGCCUCUUAGCCUUUAGUCCUCAAACUCCUGUAUAGCUUUGUCCUAAGGCAUUGAUGUAGAGUCCUUCACUCCUUGAUAGCAAUGGUUGGUAGUAUAUUGUGGUAUCCCUUGUUUCCAACAUCUUUGUUGUCGUACAGUAUAUUUAUGUAAUUGAAAACACCGAGAUGAAACAGGUUAUGUGACA